GCCCAUGUGUGUGUGGGCGUGUGUUUACCCUUUAAGAGGACGCUUUUCCCCCAGUCUGACAACAGUCUCACCUGGGACAGACGUAAUCUCUUCACUCUGGGAACUCUGAGUUACAGCCAUGGAAGCUCGUCUGGAAUCUGUCAUUAGAAACAUUGUGGAUAUAUUUACAGAGUAUGCUGCUGGUGAUGAGGGCAAAAAAAGUCAGUUAAGCCAAGAAGAGUUAAAGACUUUGUUGGAGAAAGAAAUACAAAGCAAAGAAUUUAAAGAGAAAAUUAAUUCAGUUGACAUUGAGGAUGCCAUUAAGAUGCUGGACAAAAACCACGAUGGCCAGGUAAACUUCAGAGAGUUUUGCCGAUGCGUGUCUGUCCUCGCCAAAUGCUACUACAACAAGAAGACAGGCAAGGGUGGCAAGAGAGGCAAGGGCAAAGAGCAUGAUGAUGAACCAGAAGAUUAAGGAAGACUGACCGCAAACCCUUAAAAUGUUUGUGGCACCACAAUAGAUUUAAAAAAAGAUGUAAAUGUAUGACUUUAUGGUAUGUAUAUGUUACGUGACACAGCUGACCCUGAAAACAGAUGCUGCUGGUGUUAGGCAAUUUUAACAUCCUUUGUGAAACACAAGUCUGUAAUUUGUGUUUUAAACGUAAAUGCAAAAUGUGUCGCCUUCGUACCUCUGUAACUGGUUUUCAAAGAUCAAUUUGAUACUUCCUGAAGAUGAAUAAAAAACAGUGAAGUAGA